UUGCUCAAGAACCUUGUGAAAUAGUUACGAGUAGUAUCAUGUCGACUUCUCCAGCUAUAUGUUAUCGAAAUGGUACAGCUAUUUUAAGCGAAUAUGGCGUUCAACAACAUAAUUUAAACUUUAACUUAUUAAUGCUUGUAACGCUUAUUUUAGGAUAUCAUAUAAUAUCAUUUAUCAUUCUAUUUAUUCGUAUUCGACGAAUUUUAAAAUAA